AUGGACCCAUGCAGAGUUCCUCGACAGCUCCUCUAUGGUGCAUUGUCACAAGGCCACAGAAAUCUUGGACGCCCUAAAAAGCACUACAAGGACAAGAUAAAGGAGAGCCUUAAAUGCUGUGACCUCCCUGCCAAAGACCUAGAAGCCUGUGUGCCAGCCUCCAAUGUCACCACAGUAGCAUUUAAAACAUGGCUGUCUGAAUUCAGCAUCUCUGUGAGUCUCAUCUGUUUUGCAUCUGGCUCCUCUAUUUCAUUUGUUUGGCUGCAUGGCAGAUGUGAGGUCCAAAAAGGGGGGCGAGUUCAGCUAACAGAAAGCAACAGCAGACUGACCAUUUACAGUGUGACCAGAAGUGACACAGGCCCAUACCAAUGUGAAGCAUCCAACAUCGUCAGCAAGGAAAUGAGUCCUCCAUUGAGCCCCACCAUUUACUAUGGUCCAGAAAAUUUUGCUGUUGCAGCAGCUCCAGUGAAACCCUUCAUUAGCUCUGGGUCUAACCUCAUACUGACCUGCUCAGCUGAGUCCAGCCCUGCUGCUGAGUUUCAGUGGGCUGUGAAUGGAGGAGAGCUUGGUGAAAUGGGCCAGGAGCUCAGACCGAGAAAUAUUCAGAGCAGUCAGAGUGGCAAUUAUACCUGUAUCACACACAAUAAACAGAGCCUGAGAUACUCCACAUCUGAACCCAUCAGCAUCACUGUAUGA